AGAAAAUCAGAAGACUUAAGAAUCUGACCUCAAUCACAAAUCGGAAAUAUUUUAACUCAAGCUAGUAAAGCUAUCGUGAGCAACUCACGCCCAUAUCCAGUAUCGAGAUCGAGAGUCGAACGGAUAUGAUAUAGAAAAUGAACCCUACCCAACAGUCGAAUCUCAUAUAAAUCAGAUCAAAAAUGGAUGUACCGGAUGUCUCAAAGUUACAGGUUCAAGAUGACGAUGGUGGUGGCGACGCAGGCGGAUCAAAUCAGACCAAAGUUCCGUCGAUAGAAAACAUCCAACAACUUUUGAAGACCAAAGAUGAUACUUCUAGAUUUGUUGGAUUAGCUCUCCUGAAAUCAGUCUUGGACAACUCCCCCGAUCUUCAAGGUAAUAAGGAAGUCAUUGUUUCAUUAUGGGACUCUAUCUCGCCCAGAUUUUUAGACCGCCUGUUACGUACCGGCUCUCAGGCUGGUUCGGAAUCAAAGAAUUCCAAGGACAUGCUUGACUUAGCUGUUGCCGUCGUUCACACCUUCGCGAUUUUGCUACCUGAAGACGCAAGGCAAGAUUCGAAGCUCCUAAAUCGAAUACCACGAUUAACCAAAGCUGCCCUCCACAGCUCUAAGGAGACCACAAAGGUCAUCAUAGAGACAUUGCUAACUCUCAUCACUAUACCUGACGGUGCUAAAAUCUUUGCCAACCUCGAAGUUGAUGAUUGGGCAUCUCUAAUUGAAAUCGCGCCUGAACAUUCUCAUGUAUUGUCGAUUUUCAUCUGGGCCUGGGAAAAGGGUACUGCUGGUCUCGAAGAUCAAAAAGCAAAGGACUUGAUGAGAGAUAAGAUCGACGGUGGCGUCCAGUCGUUUGUAUCUUCUUUCAUCGGCACCGACGCAACAAGCCUCUUAGAAUUCAUAUCCCAUAUCUUACGGAAUCUUGACGAGAGUCUCAUACCACAAAACCCCAAAUGGAUUGGUUCAGUUACCAAGCUUAUAUGUAAUUUGGCUACUAAUCGACCAAACGCAGCCAGCCGGUCGGCUUACAUAAACUGUGCUGGCGCCUUACUUCUCAUCUAUCCUGAAUCGACAAUCCGGUCGUUGUUCCUCGAUGAGAAGGACUCGUCAAAACCCUUCUCUUAUCUCUUCAUCAGCCUCAUUCUAGUAGACCUCCGCGCAACCUUACCUUCGCUCCUAGAAAAACUUAACGAUCCAGAAUACCCUCAUAUCUCACAACGCCUCACAUCAGCCCUUGAUAUCUUAACAGCUUUCAUCGGUCAGCUCGUCGCCUGGAUGGAGGAACUAGACGAUCCCAAGCCUGUCGCAGACUCGGUGGGUAUCUGGCUCAAGAUAUCCCCUGACCUUGUCAUCAAGUUAAGCCGUUCCAUUGCCGAGACCUUAUCCGCCACGAUGGAGUACUUGCGAGAUCGCUGGGACGCGUCGAUAGCCGGCGCCCAGGGGCUACACCCGGAAGCUCGUACCGGCAAGGCACAUACCAACUCCGGAUCCCACAAGACACUAGCAUGGGAUGCUAAGGACGAGAGCGCAGCCACGGAUGCAUUCAUUUUAUCUGCUAUCCGAGCGAUCGCGCUCUGGGUUCGGGAGGACGAUGAUGAUAUUCCAAGGGAGGAGUGUUCGGGAUUGAUGGACAUGUUUAUCGAGUUAUACCAGAGUAGCGGUUCGGCAUCAUCUCAACCCAAAGGGUUGGAUUACAGACUUCCGAUUCUAGCAGCACUCGAAGGCGUGCUUCGAACGUCGAAAGGAAUCGAUGCAUUUAACUUGCAUAACGGCUGGACAAUCCUGUCGCCCGACUUGCUCAAGAUUCUAGAGGAAAGCUCGACUCCUAGUGUACUGCGAAGAUUAGAUUUCAUUCGUGGUACUCACAUAGCUCUCGUCCUAAAUACUGUUGCUGAGAGCGAAGGCACCACACCCGAGGAUUAUAUGAACAUUGUGACAGCAGUAGCAGCAUACAAUGUUCCCAGCCCCGAGAAUGCUAAUGAUUCCACGCUUCUCGAGUUUCAAGCAGAUGUGUUGCAGCUUGCCACAACGUUACUAGAAAACUCGAACCCGGGUUUGAGGAAGCGGUAUCUACACUCAGCUAGAGCUGUACGAGGGAUUGCGGAGCAGUUAAGAAGUAGGGCAGAGGAGAGCAGUGAUACUGCAAAGCAGCUAGAAGAUGUCUUAUCUACCUUGGACGCCUAGCCAAUUUGGAUAUAUUCUAAAGUAGGCGUGUAUACCUAUAGGUAUGAAUAAAAA